AUGCCCGAUAAGGAGAGAAAAUCACCGAUUGGAGGCAAACAUAAAGAUCUACGUCGACCUAAAAUCAACCACAGGAGACGACUUGAUUCAAUUAGACGCUUUCUUUAUUUCAAUAUUUUGCCACUCGAAAUUCGUACCGAAAUAUGGGAAUAUUCGUUACCUGGCUCCAGAAUGCUUUGUCCUAGGGAUCCGCCAGAGCCUGAGAGAGAGACAUAUACGAGAAGGAGUUCUUUGGCUUAUGGAACAUUUGACCAACCUCCACCUAAUAGUCAGGUUAUUUAUAGUCAGACAAGUCUAUACUUUCCGAGACAUCACCAGGCUAUGAAACCCGCUGCUCUGGACGUUUGCCGUCGAGCAGGAAAGUUGUGGGGAUGGGUAGAACGAGAGACCUCUGAUGUGGUGAUAUACCCAGCACCAGAAGUCAUUGCAGACUUAGAGCGCGUCACGCGGCUCGCAUAUAAAUAUACAGGUGGAUGGGCUGAUUAUGACGAACUUUUGGUAAGUCCUCAUGGCAACGGUCCCAUUUUAAGGAAGGAGCUCGCGAUUUUCAAGGGCCUAGAGGAAGUUCUUCUAAGCCAUGCCCCCGAAGAAGUCUCAAACUAG